UUGUAAUUAAGUUUCCCUGUAAUAACCCAUUGAAUUAAUGUAAAAAUAAAAUAUCCUUGGAUUUUACAGCAUUUAACUCCUAUUUUACAGUAUAAUCUUGCCAUGUAAAACCAUCUGUAAUAUUACAACCAGGAAUUUUAUUUUCACAGCAAAACUGUAAAAAGUGCACUGAUUUCACACCAUCAAACUGUAACAUUACAGUAAAAUAUUGACUUGGAAGUCACGUGACACAGGCAGCCUAUAUACUGCCAGAACAAUGAAUGACGGAUGUAACAUAUAAUGUUCAUGAAAUUUAAAGACAUAAAAGUUCAAAGAUGAGCUGAUUUUUGUUAGGUGGUAAAAGUUAUUUUACAUUUUGUAGUGGACUACAACUCUUGAGUUGCCUUUUCUGGACAAAUGUUGGAGCAUUAAACGUUCCAGAAAAUUAUUGCUUUUUUCCGUCCGGCGGAUCCACGGGCAGACUGGAAGGGGAGGAGACUUCCUCUAACCGAACUACUAAUUUGAACUGAAGGCGCGAAAUCCCUCUUUCCCUUUCUCCGCCGGUGAAGAAGUCCAUUCAAGAUAUGUGUGAUAAAGUAACUACAGAGUGAAAGGCACUCUGAUUAGUUGGCGCUCAUAACACUGCGUUUCUUUUUGUUAGCAAUGUUUUUUUUAGUAUCGGUUAUCUACUUAUCACUGUUAUCUACAACAUUCUGACCUAAAAUUUGUGUUCUUCACCUUGCUUCCCUGUGUUGACUUGAGUAUGCCUGUAUUCUAGGUUGGACUGACAUCUUGAUACUUCUGUACCUGUGUCACACAAAUUUGUAGUUCCUGUUGCUGGUGCGACUAAGAUCACCAGAGAGCGAGGCUGACCACACUGUAAGUGACUAGUUGACAUGCUUCACAAUGUUCAACUGCAAAUUGGUUGGGUGUGAGCAUGUCUUUAGGAAUGUCCAUAGCUAUGUUCAGCACACCAAACUGCAUAGCAAUGUCCCCAACUAUCAAUACCAGUGUGGUGUGCCUGAUUGCUCAUGGAGGUGCAGAAAACACACGGGACUGCAAAUUCAUAUGUAUAGGCAGCAUAGGUCUAACCCGCAGACUGCGGGGAGUACACUGCCUGACACGUCAGCCCUACCAACUAAUGCACCCUUAAAAUGUCUAGUUGAGGUAUGUGCAUUUAAGUGCAGCACUUUGGCCUCUCUUAUUGGGCAUUUGAAGAAGCACAUAAGUGGAGGAUUAGAAACAAGAUGUCCAUUUAGGGAUUGUGAUUGCACAUUCACAAACGUGUCCAGUUUUGCUUCACAUAUUUGUAGAAAACAUAGGAGUGUUGAGGAUUCAGUUUUAAAUGAUGUUGUUUUAGACAGGUCUAUAGCCACAGAGCCAUUGCCAGGAACCAGUCAGUCAUAUUCAGAACCUGCUGAGGAACAUAAUGAACCACAAAUGCCAUUAGUUGUAGAUGAAAACCUCUUUUUCCAGAACCUUACACUUUUCUACCUAAAAAUGCAAUCUAAGCUACUCUUGCCAGCAACCACUAUUCAGACCAUCAUUGAUGGGUUUCAAAGUGCUCAUGAACUUGGCCUGUCAAAUUCCCUAAACAUUCUAAAUGAGAAACUAAAGGAACUCGGAAUCCCUCAGGCCACUAUAAGCAGCAUCAUUGAGGAAAUGAACAGAGAGGAUUUACUCUCACUCUAUAACAGGGAAAGGCUCAAUACCGAUGCAAAGAGGAAGGCUGCUUUUAAAGAAUCUUUUAACUAUGUUCAUCCUGUGCCUUUGCUCUUGGGCAAUGAUGAUGAUGACAAGGAGUGUUUUGCUCAGUAUAUUCCCAUGCACGAGACCUUGGUGACACUUUUCAAAAAUGAGUCUCUGCGUGAACAGUACACCAUGACACGUUCACAGCCAUCUGCUGAUGCUGUCUAUCAGGAUGUGAAGGAUGGAGAAGGCUUUCAAAGAAAUCCAGUGUUGAAAGCUGACCCUUCUUCACUUGGUUUAAUACUGUACCAAGAUGCUUUCGAGGUUGUCAACCCCCUAGGCUCAGGGAAAAAAAAGCACAAGGUUUUAGCUGUUUACCUGACUCUGACUGACAUCUUGCCUUACAACAGAUCUUCAAUUGAUCAGAUGCAACUUGUUCUCUUAUGUAGGGAACAAGACUUUAAGUAUUUUGGGGUAAACAAAGUUUUUGCCCCCCUGAUUGAGGACCUCAAAAUUCUGGAGCAGAGAGGUAUCCUCACAUCUGAUGGCAAUGUACUAAAGGGCUCUUUAGUUGCCAUUGCAGGAGACAACCUGGGAUCCCAUUCUAUUGGGGGAUUCUUGGAGAACUUCAGUCGGUCUAUAUGGUUUUGUCGCUACUGUGAGGUGUGUAGAGAUGAAUUCCUGGCUAACCCUAUAUUGUGUGGUACAAAAAGAACAGCUCAAUCAUAUGCAUGUAACUUGCAAGAACAGAAAACUACUGCCACUGACUCUGUAUGUGGCAUCAAGUUUGACUCUCCUUUCAAUCAGCUUUCACAUUUCCAUGUUUGCCAGCCUGGCCUACCACCAUGUCUAGGCCAUGACUUAUUUGAGGGAGUCAUUGCUUAUGACCUGCCCUUAUAUAUUCGCCAUUUAGUUGAGGAGAAUCAUUUCACAUACCUGCAGUUAAACAGGUGCAAGAACCAGUUCAGAUAUGAAGGUAAUGAUGGUAAGGACAAGCCAGCAGACCUCUCUCCCAGCAGCAACAAGCUAAGUGGACACGCAGUUCAGAACUGGUGUUUCCUUAGACUUCUCCCACUCAUGGUGGGUGACAGGAUUAAAGAUCCCUGCGAAAAUGAGGUGUGGCUAAUAAUUUUGCAGCUCAGGGAGAUUGUUGGGCUCAUCUGUGCACCGGUGAUUACAGAGGGCCAGGUUGCGUAUCUUAAAGUCCUCAUAGAGGAGUACAUAGUCACCAGGACGAGGCUUUUCCCCAUUGCUCCCCUCAGACCAAAGCACCAUUAUCUGUGUCACUAUCCAUCUCUCAUCAUUCACUUUGGCCCACUUAUACGACUAUGGACACUGCGGUUUGAGAGCAAGCACACAUUUUUUAAACAGUGUGCCAGAAAAUUGCACAAUUUCAGGAAUUUGUGCAAAACUCUAGCAGAGAGGCACCAACUUCUACAAGCUUACUUAAGUGUGGGAAACUUGUUCCCUCCACUUGUACAAGCAGAAAAGGGGACUUGUUUCCAUGUUGAAGAUUACAAUGACAGGAUCAGGGCAUCUGUUGCCAGUUGUCCAUUCCAGUUACAGUCGGCAGUAGCUUGUAACUGUGUUACAGUCAAAGGCACAGAUUACAGAAGGGGGAUGUAUGUAUUAUUACAGAACACUGAUGAUGGGCUUUUCAUGGGGAAGAUUAUGCUCAUUAUUGUUGAACAUAAUCUUGUCAUUUUUGUCUCCGAGAAACAUACUUUUGUAAAGUUAUGUGACACAGGCGUGUACUGUGACCAAGGAGUGAUCCAAGACAAAUAUGUGUGCAUUAAGCAUGAAGAUCUCCUCGACUACUAUCCCCUUUCAGCAUACAACGUGUAUGAUCAGUCCCUUAUUGCUCUCCACCAUUCUUUUCCAGAAGCAGUAUGAGUAAGGGUGAAAAUGAGGAUACAGGAUAUGUGAGGAGAGAUGUGAGUAGUAGAGCAGGCUAUGUUGUCAUAGCUGAUAUUUUUUUUUUUGGGUAGCCUUGAAUACAUUUGAAUCUUUAAUAGGUCGGUUUCACGUGAAAUUCUCUUUAUAUUCUAUAUCCUGUAUGCAGGGUAACUAAAAAUUAUUUGCAAGUAACCAUCAUAACAGUCAAAAUGCCUAUUUCUAGUUUUAGUUUUUUGCUAAUUCCUAAGUAGUUUCCUGGUCAAUAAAACAAAAACUGUCACAAAGUUCAAUGUCUAUUCUGUCAACACAUAAAAUACAUUUAAUUACUUUUCCAAUCAAGAUGUCCAAAAGUGGAGACAAUAGUAAAAAAUGGGUGUGAUAUUGACCUGUAGAAAGGUCUUUCGGCCAAUGAAAUAAUGUGACGCUUUUGUGAAUCCAGUCACUUUUUAAAAUAUUUAUCAAUAAAAACAGGACAGUUUCUUUUCUGAAAUUUCUUACAAAAACAGUUUUCCCCCAAAGAUUGUAUUGGGACCUGCCCUCCAACUGCAUUAGAAUUACAGAAUGUGAAACCCACCUAUUAAAUUUUUUUUAUUGAACAGGCUAUAGUAGAAAACAUGAAUACAGUUUAGGGAUGGUAAAAAUGCUAAAUUACACAACUGAAUACUUAAUGA